AUGAGGUUACUUUAUAAAAGGUUACCUGUAGACGUAAGUUUCUUUUUUUAUAUUAAACAUACCAAAUAACAGGCAAACUAAUCUUAACAAAGCAAAGGAUUUUUUAAAACAACCAUUAUUAAAAAUAUUUUGGUGCUUUACAAACACUGUGGUGGUAACUUGUCUUAUAUUGGGUAUAAAAUUUUUUGUUUUAGGUUUGGAAAGUUAUAAUAGCUAAAUUGGACAAAUUGAAAGACAUAGUUUCGUUAGCUACGGUGAACAAGUUCUUCUACUCUGCAGUCAACAUGGAUUUCCAAAAGCUGUGUUAUCAGAACACCGUGUACCGGACCAAAAACGAGCUUUGGGCUUGGGCUUUUUACAUGUAAGGGCUUUCAAUUGUUUUGUUUUAAACUAUUUUUAAAAACAAUACUAUGUAAACUCAACUAUAAAAUUUUAAAAAGGUGCUUUAACAUUCAAAGUUUGAAAUUACUAACAAAUUGGACCUUUUAGGACUCUUUUUCGUACAUUCCGGCCGGAAGGCCAACGAGAUUCAUACGGUUUGUACCACAACAUGCACCCUUGUUGUCCGUACUCCGGGAAAAUUGCACUUUCAGUUGGAGAGUGUUAUGUCUUAGUUACACACGUUGAUUUCGGCAAGAAGUCAUAUCUACUAGUCGACUUUGAAUCAGCUGUCAUGAGAGUUCAAUUGAUUCACAAAGGAGAACAAAUGAUUGUGUAUACUGUAUCUGGCUACAUGUUGUACGACUUUAAAGACAAAAAAAUUGUGAAAAGAAUUGAAAAUUCAGAAAGUACAAAGCCAAUGUUCUACUCUCUGUUCCUUCUUGAAGAUGGCGCUGUGACAGACUUGUACUCGUUCAAGAAGUUCGAUGUCAAUUUCUAG